AUGACCGUUACCUUUAGUGAUGACGAUGAUGAUGAUGAUAACGUUGAUGUCGCUACCUUUGACCUUGAAAGAUGCAGAUCUCUUUCCGAUUCAAAUCUAGGAUCUGUCGACAGUCGGGGUAGCAACCAUGUUGGUUCGAGGCACACUUUUUCGACCUCUCAUAAGCUUACAUAUCCCGCCCGAUUCGCAGGAAUUUCUCUCUCAUACCCUGGUCGGCCAUCUGCCGGGGAUUCUGUGCAGUCCUAUUUAUUGCUUCCCAUAAUCCUUGGAUUGUGUCCAUACUUGCUUUCGGCGGUUUUUGGGGGCGAAACCUUCUGGAUGGAACUGUCCUUUCUUGCUCUUGUACUGUUCUGGCUGUACUUGAACUCUACGGUCCCUUGGAAUCUUUACUCUAUUUGUGUUUGCAGGAGAGAGGAAGAGCUUUCCACAUUGGAUGAUGCUUUUAGCGAAGAAAACAAGGGGCCUGGGAAGAGGAGUAGAUUCACCCUUUGGCAGGUAUUGGAGUUCAUGUCGAUUGUGGGGUUGUUCGCCACGCCGUUUGUUGCUGCCUAUGGGGUUCUGUACUUCCAGGCGUACUAUUCGGAGCGGUUUGGCAUCGGGUUGCUUUCCACAUUCAACGUGCAUCUGUUUGUGCUUGCAGGCCUGAUAAUUCCUCUGCGGUAUUUCUUUGGCCUGGGGUACCCCACGCGCAUAACGCGCGAAAGUGCCCCGGCCUUUGUGCCCCGCGACGAUGCGGCUAUGCUGCCUCUACCGCCAACAUAUCCAUCUUCGCCGGCGAGAAUGAAAAAACGGUCCCCAUCCUCCUCAUCGAUUGAUGAUAUUUUGAAUAGACGGAUGGCUAGCUUGGAGAAAGAAAUCCGAUCUUUACAGGUGAACAUUUACUCUAUGAGGCACAGCGUGCAAACAGAUCCACGUCAGCUUCAAAACGAAUGUAAAUUUCCCUUGAACAUGAUUCCCCUUACAUUAUGGAACAUAGCCUUGUAUUGCGCUUCGUUCAGCUUCGGCUUGUUCCUAUUGCCUUUUAGAAUGACAAAGUCUGUUACCAAUUUAUUUUUAACUCAAAUUAAUAAACUUUUAUUUGCAAAGUACUUGCAACGGCCGUGCUAUAAUGCACCGUCACCUCAACUAAAUUGUUUAAAUUUUGCAUGGUUCGUUCGCUGGGGUCCCCGGAGAAACAGGCUAGUCUGA